AAAAAACCCAUCCUCAACAAAUCAACACGCGUUUAUUUUGAAAGCAACACCCGGAAGUGCCGCACCUCAACCCGCCGAGCUCGACUGUGGUCCAGCCUCUCAGGCUCCCUUCCCUCAGGAUGACUGGGAGUGACGCAGGGCAGGCAGACGAAAAAAAAAAAAAAAGAAAAAAACUGGGGCUGGAGGGGAAGGACAGGGAGAACGGCGGUGAUGCAGGAAGGAUCGUAGCUUCCAUCUCACAGGUUCAAGCCCGAUGCUCGACCUGCCCGCCCGCACACAGGACAUGAGAGACGCGCAGACGCUGGCUUUCCUGUGAGAGAUCAUAAUAAGGCACCAUCACCUCAUCCUUUGGGGCGGAUCAUUGUUGGAUACCCUCCCAGGCAACAUCGAUGCCACAUCUGCACAUGGGAAAGUAGCCUAGUCAUCCCAUUUCCCCACUGAACUUGUGAGUAUUAAGCGUCCUCUUGGAGGAUAUCUGGACGCCCCUAUCCGUCAUUUUGUCAAGUCUCCAUCAUGAACUACCUGCGUCGACGACUCUCGGACAGCAAUUUCAUGUCCAACCUGCCCAAUGGCUACAUGACCGAUCUCCAACGCCCCGAGCCGCCGCAGCAGCCGCAAAGCCCCGCAGUGUCGCCAGGGCCGUCGGAGAGGCGCCAGUCCACCAGCCAGCCGCAGCCUGCUGCAGGUGGAGGCUCCGGCUUCUUCUCAUCCAUAUCCAAUGCUGUCAAACAGACCACGGCCGCUGCGGCCGCGACCUUAUCCGAGGCGGCGGACCGGGCAGGAGUCUCCAGCAGUGCCAAGGUCCUCCUGGUUGUCGAUGACCCCCAGACCGACUGGGUAAAGGUGUUCAGAGGACGGAAGGUCCACGGAGAGUUUGACAUCAAGGUUGAACAGGCGGAGUUCUCUGAAAUCAACCUGGUGGCCAAUUCCAUAGGCUCCUACAACGUGAACAUUGAUGCGAUCAGGAGCGGCCAUAAGGUUACCAAAUCCAUUAAGCCAGACUUUGUGCUGAUCAGACAGCAUGCCUUCAGCAUGGACAAGAAUGGAGACCACCGGAACAUGGUGAUCGGACUGCAGUACGCCGGACUGCCAAGUGUGAACUCUCUGCACUCUGUUUACAACUUCUGUGACAAACCAUGGGUGUUUGCUCAGAUGUCUAGACUCCACAAGCAGCUGGGCCCAGAGGAGUUCCCACUGAUUGAACAGGUUUACUAUCCAAACCACAAGGAAAUGAUUACCUCCCCUCGCUUCCCUGUGGUGGUAAAGAUGGGCCAUGCUCACUCAGGAAUGGGAAAGGUAAAAGUGGACAAUCAAUACGAUUUUCAAGAUAUUGCCAGUGUUGUGGCACUGACCAAGACUUACGCCACGUCUGAGCCCUUCAUCGAUGCAAAGUAUGACGUUCGUAUCCAGAAGAUUGGCGACAACUACAAAGCUUACAUGAGAACAUCAAUUUCUGGGAACUGGAAAACCAACACUGGCUCAUCUAUGCUUGAGCAGGUGGCCAUGUCAGACAAGUACAGAAUGUGGGUGGACUCUUGUGCUGACAUCUUUGGAGGGUUGGAUAUCUGUGCUGUGGAGGCUUUACAUGGUAAAGAUGGCAAGGACUAUAUCAUAGAGGUCGAUGACUGUUCGAUGCCGCUAAUUGGGGACCAACAGGAUGAAGAUCGUGUCCAGAUUGCCGAGCUGGUGAUUUCUAAGAUGAACCAGACUGUACCACACAGCUCUUCCACAGUCCGUGCUGCAGCAGGACAGCCAGCACAGAGAGCAGUGUCUCCUCAGCCUGUCUCACAGCCCAGAGUACCACAGGCUCAACAGCGCCCCUCACCUCAGGGUGGUCAAAGUCCCCCAUCUCAGCAGCGCCCACAGCCUCAAGGCCAACCUCCUGCACAGUCCCAGCAAUCUGCCAGCCCUGUUCCCGCUGACUCCAUUGCCCAGACUAAGGCUAGCCAAGGACCUGCAGCUCAGCAACGGCCACCAGGUCAGGGAGCUACUCAAGGCCAGAGACCUCCCUCUGGCCAGGGCUCUCCCCAGAAAAGCCAGGGAGGUUCACCUCAAACUCAAAGGCAACAGUCUGUCACCCAGCAGCAGAAACCGCCUGCAGGCCAGAAGCCUCCAGCAGGCCAGCAGCAGAGGCCCACCCAGCCCCCUAGGCAGCAGUCACUGGGAGGGCCACAGAGGGCUGGUCAGCAGGGUCGCCCUGGAGCACCUACCACCCAGCAGCCUCGACCUGCUGCUCAAGGCCAAGGGGGCCCAGGUGGACGCCCCCCACUGCAGCAAAAGCCUCAGCCCCCUCAGAAGCCCAGUCAGGACAACCCGGCUAUGGGCGGCUCCCCACAACUAAACAAGUCCCAGUCUCUUACCAAUACCUUCAACAUUCCAGAAACCCCAGCGCCACGAGCCAGCCUUAGCCAGGAUGAGGUGAAGGCUGAAACCAUACGCAAUCUACGCAAAUCUUUUGCCAGUCUCUUCUCAGACUGAGAUGGCAUAAGCCCCCCUCUCCCCCCCUCCUACUGACAGAAAGAUGGACAGGCAAACUGAAGGGCAUAUUCCCCCCCCAAUGAUCAAGGACCAACAGGAUGCUGUCCAAUUCAAGUGCAUUGUCCCUGAGAUGAAAAUGUACACACUGACACCCACUGCCUAAAAAGUCAAAAUAUUUUAAAUAAACAAAAAGUAGAACACAGAGUAAAUUCAGGCACUGACGUCUGAAACAUUCCUUGCCUCGCCUCAAGUUUAAGUCAUUGUGUCACGCAAAACAACACUUUACAGAAGCCUGUAUAUGCAUGAACACGUACACAAAAAAUAAGGAACAAAACACUGCUGCCACUUGUUUGUUGGUGCUGUAAAGUCAUUGUGAUCUUUUAUGUUUGAUAUUUGGUUGGUUGGCUGACCAGCCAAAUCAGUUCAGGGGCUGUAUGAAAAUAAUAGGGCUGGGGAGGUGUGCUGAAAAUACACAAACAGUGAAAAUACAACCGCUCACUGUUGCUUGCUUGCUGAAUUCUUGAGAUCAUGUGAUCUUGUGAAUCCGUCAUGCCACAAUGGUUCAAACCAGAAUGUCCAUCCAUCAGCGUCCUAAAGACUACUAACCACAAGCAGCAAUGUGUGAGGGCCAGUGAGAUAAGUGUCCAUAAGAGGUUAGCAUAUAUGCUCUAGCAUCAGUUAUAUUAGAACUUGAGAAUAUAUUUGAUUGAAAGAAAAGCAAAGGACUAUGUUUUGCUCUUCUUCCGACCGGCUUUAGCAAGCGUUUAAUUUAUCAGCAGCUUCAACUGGUCGUUAUGAUCCCCAGCUGUUGAUCUAAAUGGUUGAACUUUUGUUCAAUCACCUGCCAAGUAUUUGUUUAGAAGUGCCUGACCUUUUUCCAAACAGUUUCCAAGGACGACCUCCCAGAUGGUUCUGCGUAGCAAACCAUCUGGAGCACAAUGUUACAUACCCUCUGCAGAGGGGAAAAAUACACCUCCAUGGCCCAAGUCAUCUUUUUGAUUUAACUAUUUGAUCGCUUUUUAUCUAAUAUUGUCACAAACGUAAAAUAUGAAACAAAAUAGGAAUCUAGGCUAAGAAAAAGACAUCCCCCUGCUCUCCCUAAAAGGUUAGGCUACUAUUUCAAAAUUACAAUACCUUCCCUCACCUUUUUCUGACACCCUCCACCCCUAAUACCUUUUAUACAGUCCCUAACUCAGCACAGCCGCGCACAUAGGAUGUCCAGUGUUAAGCUAACGCUAGAUCUGUUGACUGCUCAUGGUGAUGUCUUAGCUGCAUGUCAACAGGAGGCAAUGGUUGCAUUUUCCAACCCCUGACAUUGGCGCUUGUAACUGUGUUGUCACAUGUAGUUGAAUUAGCUAGCUAGCAGAGUAACCUAGUAGGUGUUGUGAGUAUGUUGUCGCUGCCCCUUUUUUUUCUUCCCUCUGGUUUCUUUUCGUCGCACAAGAACAAAAAAGCCUGAAAGCUCUCCACCUUGAACGCAUGCCUUACACAGACAAGACCGUCAGAUCAAAUGGAGUUGUCUCAGGGAUGUCCAAUUGAUUGUGACACUUGUAUGUUGGUGAGGGUCUUCCAUUAUAGUUUUAUUGUGGUUGUUUACCAAUAAUGAAGAAAAAAAGCAUGCAUUUUAAUGAGGUAGAAUGUUUUUUUUUUUAAAUUUUGUAUUAUUUCAAAUGCUUUUGCACACAGAGUAUACUGCAAAAUUAUACUUGAAUACAGUGACACUGACUGAGGUGUGGGGUCGAUAUUUUCAGGUUUAUUCACCUGCCACUUGACAAAGCAGCAAUGCAGUGGUCCCACCAUUGGGUGCUGCUGGGUCAGUUGUAGGUGCUGCACAGUAGAAUACAGCAUAAGCAGGGUUGACAACUGUUCGUGGAAAAUGACAGUUUCAUUUAAUAUUCCCUUGAUUUCAAAGCUAUGUAAUGUAUAGACUUCUGACUGUAAACCAGCUAUGAAUUGAAUGGAUGUACAGUGAGUUAGUGGAUUAUAUCAGGGUUUUUAGCAGUGAGUCAGUGCAUUGUCAUUUUGCACUCAAGUCAGCCUUCAGUUUACAUCAUUUGGUGCAGCAGGGUUUCUGCUUCCAUAUAUGCCUCUUGGGCUCACACUAUGAAGAGGCUAUACAAUAAAGAAACACAAUAAUGUAAACGUAUAGGAAUGUCGACUGCGGGAUGCACCUCUGCGGGAGGUUUAGCACUUCCUGCCAACCCUCCUUUGCACUGACAACCCUUUCUUUGAUCACAACUCAAAAGAAUUCGAAACUGUUACUGAAAACGACUCUGUUUCCAGGCACUAAAACAUGUCUUCCAGAAGGAGUGCUUUCCAUUCAAUGUUGACGUAGUAUGGCAAUAUCAUGCUUUUUAGAAAAGACCCAUGAGCCAAAAGUAUAUAGGAGCCCUGGUUCCCCUGCAGAUUCUCCCUGCUGCCUGUGUUUUUCAGUCUAUUUGUGUAGCCACAGUGACCCCUUGUGCUCAAUGGUGCAUAAAUGUGUGAAUGUUGUUCUGUAACUGGUCAAACCAAAUAGAUGUGUUGUACAGAGCUCCGAGUGGUGCAGAUCGUCACCUUUAUCCCCUGCUGCUAUUUGUGCUUGUUGAUAUUAUGUGUGUCUCUAAACUCUCUAAGCUUUAUUUUUUUUGAAACUUUGGCAUUUUUGUUUUAAAUUAUUUUGUAAAUGCUUUAUUUUUUCUAUGAGGCAGGACUAUCUUGGGGCUUGUCAGUUUAUGCAUUAGUGAUUCAGGGCUUCAUUUUUAAACUUUACAGUGACUCAGUGUCAGUGCAUGACUGUCAGAUUUAUCGUGGUACAGCCUACAGCCAAGAGAAUCAUUAAGAGCAGCUUUGUGUAAUUGUUACACUGAGUGUGUAAUUUAUGAAAAUGAGCCAUCACAAUUAGCAUGGAUGGUUAACUUUGAAAAAUGACAUCUUGUCACUCAGAGGCAUCGUCGCCAUAUCAAGACGUACCACUUGGCACCUCUUGAGCCUGACAGGAUGAGUUGUGACAACAAUGCAAAGAAGUAGUUUUAUGCAUUUAUGUUUUUGAUAUUCACAGAUUAUUUCUUACAUUAUUUAUGGUGGCUAUAUUUGACUGUGAAUGUACAUUAUUUUCUUUGUUACAGCUAGGUUUUAUUGUUUUCUAAAUGCAUUGUAUAAUCAUUGUGAAAUGAUUUGAACCCUUACGAAUUUGAGUGUAACUGAUUGUGUCGGUUGAUGCCUGCCAGAUUUAAAAACGUACAUCAUCAAUGUAAGUGCAAGAAUCAAAAAGCUGAGAUUUUUGUUGAUCAUAAACUAAGAUCAUGUAAAUCAUGGUGGAUUAUUGAAUUAGAUGUAUAAAAAAAGAAGAGUAUUUGAUGUUAUAUGCAAUGUAGCUAUAUUAUGUGAUAAUGAGUAUGUUACUAAAACAUGCACAUGUCUAAUAAAGUCUAUGACCAAAC